AUGGCCGACGACGACAACUUCGACAUCGACAUCUAUGGCGACGACACCUAUCAAGAAUCCGGCGCACAGCAAGAUACAAACCUGACUGAUGCCAAUGCACCGAAUACAGAUGCGAAUACCGGCGAGUCGAAUGCCUCAACUGGGCAAACCAAGUCCGAAGGCGGUGACCAAGCGAUGAAACAGGAGACCUCGGGUGACACAACAAACGGCAACGCGCAUCAUGAGAGCAGCACCCAGCAGAUUGCAAGCACAGGCGGCUCGGCAGGUAACCUAGACGUUCACAAACAAGCUCCUCAACAACAAGGCACGAAACGCAAGCAAGGCCAAGACGAUGACCGCCCCACUGACCCUGGUGCUACAGCAGCGCUAAUGAUUAAUGAUGUCAACUGGUGGAUUAGCGAGGAAGACAUCCGUGGGUGGGCGAAUCAAAGUGGCUGCGAGGAUGAGCUGAAUGAGGUCACCUUCAAUGAGCAUAAGGUUAAUGGCAAGAGCAAAGGACAAGUCUACAUUCAGCUACAAUCACCGCAAGCUGCCACAUCCCUGAAGCACCAAAUAGACAACCUAUUCAAAGACCAAGCCCACACCAAGAAGCCGACCGCUAUUUUCAAUCCUCCACAUCACAACCCAUUUAAAACGUUGCCAAAGGACGUUCCUCAGCGGGAGAAGGGUGGGCGAAAUGAUCGCGCUACAGCAGGAAGUUAUGGCAACCAAGGUGGCGGCAACUUCAACCGAUCCUACAAUGGCCGGGGCAACUUCAACAAUAAUAGAGGUGGCAACGUAGGUUUCCAGAACAACCGCAACUUCUCAGGUCCCGCGGGUGGAAACAUGGGUGGUAAUAACAACAUGGGAGGCUAUGGUGGGCAAGCGCCCAUUAAUACCUUUGGCAACCCCAUGGGCGGCAUGAACAACUUUGGUGGCGGCUUCAAUCGCGGUGGCAUGAUGGGCAAUAACAUGCGCGGCGGCAUGAACAAUCGCGGCGGACGUGGUGGCAACAUGGGCAUGAACACGAUGGGCGGCAAUCCGAUGGGUGGUAUGAACUUACCUAUGAGUGGCAAUAUGAUGGCAAUGGGAGGCAAUAUGAUGGGUAUGGGCGGCAACAUGGGAAUGAUGGGAGGAAUGGGGGGUGGCUUCGGUGGCAAUCCACAGCAGUUUAACCCGGCGUUCUUUCAAGGGAAUCAGGGCGGUAACGAUGGCAGCUGGCAGAAUCCCCAUGGUGCCAAGCGACCACGGCCGGAGUGA